CCCGCCCGCCAGGGGUCGCCGUUUGGCUCGAGUUUCUUUUUCUCCAGUGACGAAAACCCACCCCUUUCGUGUCCUUUGCUCUCGCGAGAGAAAGCGCAAAGGCUGUUGGGAGGGAUGCGCUGGCUGCAGGCCAGGCAAAAUGGCAGCCCUGGAAGAAGAAUUCACGUUGUCUACCGCAGUCUUGGGCGCCGGGCCUGAAGGAUUCCUAGGUGUAGAGCAGACUGACAAAGCCGACCAGUUCCUAGUGACGGACAGCGGCAGGACUGUCGUCCUCUACAAGGUUUCCGAUCAGAAACCCUUGGGCAGCUGGUCAGUGAAACAAGGUCAGACUGUGACAUGUCCAGCUGUGUGCAACUUUCAGACCGGAGAGUAUGUAGUGGUACAUGACCAUAAGGUUUUGAGAAUAUGGAAUAAUGAAGAUGUAAACCUGGAUAGAGUAUUUAAAGCUACGCUGUCGGCCGAAGUCCAUAGGAUCCACUCAGUACAAAGAACAGAACCACUGGUGCUGUUCCGAAGGGGUGCUGUUCGUGGGCUAGAGGCCUUGCUUACAGAGCCUCAACAGAACAUUGAAGCUGUCAUUCCUGAUGAGGAAGAGAUCAAGUGGUCAGAGUUUUUCAUGGUCUUUAAGCAACCUGCCUUAAUUUUUAUUACUGAAAAACAUGGGAAUUAUUUUGCUUAUGUACAAUUGUGCAAAUCACAUGGCUUAAGCAAAUACACACUCUUACUUGGAAAAGAAGAAAAAUCUAUUAAACAAAAUUUUACUGCACGUGUGGAUGGGAAAUUCAUCUCCCUGGUGUCAUUGAGCUCUGAUGGGUGUGCAUAUGAAACCUUGAUACCAUUAUAUUCAAGUGACACUGAAAACAACCAGAGGUUGGGUAGAGCAUUGAUGCUCAAGGCAGUUGUGUCUGGUGGUGCUCGAAAUGGUGCUACCAUCACCAUCCUGGAUCAAGACCACGUAGCAGUCCUGGGACCUCCGCUUCCAGCUUCUAAGGAAUGCCUCUCCAUAUGGAACAUAAAGUUUCAAACAUUACAGACAUCAAAAGAGCUGCCACAAGGAACCAGUGGACAACUCUGGUAUCAUGGGGAAGCAUUAUUUAUGCUGCAUGGAAAAUGUCUAACUGUGAUUCCAUACAAGUGUGAAGUGUCAUCUCUGGCAGGCGCUCUUGGAAAGCUCAAGCAUACUCAAGAGUCAGGCACUCAUUCCAUGCCCCAUUUUGUAAACUGGGAAACGUGUUCAGGAUACGAACCUGAGCACUACAGUGCAGAGCAGUCAAGAACUCUAAGGAAAAAAAAUAUUGAAAUGAAUUUACAGCCAGAAGUUCCAGGAUCCAAACAACUUUUAUCAAUAAUAAAGAAAGGUUCAGAGAAACAUAUUGAAGUCGAACUGCGUAAAUUUUUAGCUAAGUCAACACCUGACUUUCAUACUGUGAUUGGAGAUACAGUAGCAGAACUUCUGGAAAGAUGUAAAACAGAGCCAUCCUUUUAUCCUCGGAACUGUCUGGUGCAGCUCAUCCAAACGCGUGUGCUUUCCUACAGCUUGUGCCCUGGCCUGAUGGAGAUUGCUCUGGAGCGCACAGAUGUGCAGAUGUUACAGCUGUGUCUGCAACAGUUCCCUGACAUCCCCGAGUCGACCACCUGCGCUUGCUUAAAACUUUUCUUGAGCAUUGGUGAUGACUGUCUUCGAGACAUUAAUAUCAAUAUGGAGUCAGUUUUUGAUUAUAGUGAUACCAUACAAGAUGAAAAAAAGGAAAUGGAGGAGCAAACUGAAAUUGUUCAAAAUGGCUUCAGUCCCGAAGACAGUAGCUGCAGUAAAGACAGUCAGCAGUUAACUAAAAAGCCUGAACGUGAAACAAAGGAGACCGUCUCUUUCCCCGUGACCGCAUGUCCUGUGGCCCCAAAGCGAGCGGCUCUGUUAAAUGCAGUUCUCCAUUCAGCAUACAGUGAGACCUUCCUCCUGCCACACCUGAAGGACAUCCCUGCAAAGCACAUCACGCUAUUUCUCCAGUAUUUGUAUUUCCUCUAUCUGAAAUGUAGUGGCAAUGCCACCAUGACGCUUCCUGGAGUAAGCCCUCCAACGCUGAGCCAGAUUAUGGAUUGGAUAUGCCUACUUCUAGAUGCGAAUUUUACUGUUAUCUUAAUGAUACCAGAAGCAAAACGACUUUUGCUUAAUCUUUACAAAUUUGUGAAAUCUCAGAUUUCUGUCUAUUCCGAGCUCAACAAGAUUGAAGUGAGCUUUCGGGAACUGCAGAGGUUGAGUCAGGACAAGAGCAGUAGAGGGCUGUACUCCAUCGAAGUGCUGGAGCUCUUCUGACAGCAGCAGUUCUCCUUCGUGGACACUUCAUGGAGUUCUCUCCUUUUAUUUUUAUUUUUUUAUUUGUUUUGGUUUUUCUGGGACAGCAUCUCACCAUGUAGCCUGGUCCUGGAACUGGAUAUGUAGACCAGGUUAGCCUCAAACUCACAGAGAUCCACCUGCGUCUGCCUCCCAGAGUGCUGGGAUUAAAGGUUGCGCCGCCAUGCCUGGCUUGAUGGAAUUCUUUAUGUGACUCCAGCUGUCCAUCCAGGGAAGAAAGCUUUGGUCGCAUCCAUCAUCCCUCGGUGUCUAAAGAGAAGUGAGACUUCCUGGGCCAUCACAUCACCGCUACAGGGUUCCACAGACCAACUCUCGGCUGUAGACAUCCCUGGAAGGAGAUUAUGGAAGUGGAAGUUUUUUAAAUAUGGGAUUGAGCUGAUUUUAAGUAAACUUAUUUGUGAUUUGAUAAAAGUCUAUAAUUUCUUAUCAUACAUUUGGAGAAUAGUUUUCUGUUAAUAAAAGAAACAGACCAUCUCUGAA